AUUUAAAUACAUUUAAAAUAGUGCUUGGUUUGGUAAGGGUUAGACAUCCCCAAAGUAACGGACUUUUGUCUUUGGCUUCAGUAAACAUUCAGGCCGUUGUUAACAGUACAGACAGCACUUGAGCUACAAGUAAACUUAAUUUUGCCGAUAACAUUUGCCAAUGACACCCUCGAGCUCGAGUCAAGUAGCAGAAUGAACAAACAAUAAAGAUUUGUAAUUCUUUCAGCUCUAAUGCUUCAAGUGACGACAUUACCACGCAGUAAGAGACCAAAAAUAAGAAAGAAAACACCAAUAGAGGUUUUGCACGGCAGCCAUGUUGCUUGGCAGGAACAAUGGAAAUGUUUUGCAUUAGAAAUAACAUUUUUUUCCCAUAGGAAAAAGACUAUGCAACGUGGCUCCCGUGCAAACCUCAAUUGGGCUGUUUGUUUCUGUUUCCCUACCCUCUUUGGUGCUCUCGUUUCCUGCGUGCUUUACAACAGAACAAAGCACAGUUGAGGCAUUUUUAUUUGUUAAAAGAUGGCCCGUCUUUAGUAUCCAAUUUGGCUCGUACCGUGCUGUGGCUGAGCACAAAAUUAUAAUUGCAGAAAUGAGGGGACAUCACUUAAAGAAGUUGAAGAAAGUAAAUGUGUUUCAAAGGAGACCAAAGUUGUUGACGAAAAGAGUGUCGAGUGCCAAGUUGAGGCGGCUGAUUCAAGCUAUGUAAGAGAUUUGAGGGAAGAACUGCGUGAGUGUAAACGAGAUCUUGGAGCAAAAGAAAGAGAAAUUGAAUCACUUAUGAGAAGAGUGGCACAUUACAGUGACAUGCGAACCAAGCAGGAUCAACGACAUGUUGAAGACACCCUUAGUUUAAACAGACAGUCCAGGGUGGAACAGGAUUUUAAAGCUUUUGCCAGUGAUGAGCGUAUUGAUACCUGCAUCAUGAUCCGAGGGAAAUACCAGGAGGAAACGGAUAUCAAUGCGAAAAGAUUAACCUGUAUGAUGUUUGAGGUAGUUUACGAGUAUGUUUUGGACACGAACAGAGCCAUGGUUGACGUUUUGAAAGAAGUAGCCAAGUUUGCAGUGGUAAAAGGUCCAAAUAUCGGUCAUGACUGCUUUAAAAAAAAAAUGGCGAAGCAGAGAACUGAAGGCCAAACAAUGCCUUUUGAGGUUCCUUUAUGCGGCAGUGGAUCGGAAUAUCCUAGGGAUGUCGUCGAUGUGGUAUUGCUGGCUAUCAAAGAAUUGGCCCCAAAGAUCGACACUGAUAUCUUCUUAGAGGACGUCAAGCAAAAAAUCUCCCAAGAACUAAAGAAAGAGCAGUCUCCUGAACUUGUAAAAUUAGUAGACGCCCAGCUGAACGAUUACUUAAAGGCUUGCAUCACGUUAACGUGGCGUAUGGUUACACAAGCUCCACCACUGAGGCUUGAAUAUCAAUCCUUCACUUACAAGAGAGAGUGUCACAAAAUCGUGGAAUCCCAUGGCGAUGCACGAGACGGCCGAUCGAUGUACCAGAAUGAAAAGGUUAAUUAUCUGUGGCCUGGUUUGGUGGAUGGAGGAGGAAGAAUUAUUGUUAAAGGCGAAGUUGCUCUAGAAAAGUAGUCACAGAGUUAACUUCACACAAGUUGCUUAAGAACCUUACACAACUCUUUAGGACUCAGAACGUAGAGAAAAUGACUUCAGGAUGGCGACGGGUUCCAUACCAUGCCAUUACAGUUGUGCUUUGGUGACAUUCUUUUUUUGUAGUCAAUAUUUGAAACUGACUUUAAGGUUACUUCCUACCUUCGCAGGUGCCCUUCGGGAAAAAAUCGUACGCGCGCCAGUUUCAAUAAAACCCCAACAAACUAUAUAUCAUAAGAAACCUUAAUAAAUGUACUUUACGAAAAAAAAAUACAAUUUCAGCAAUGUUUUCUUUUAGGAAAUGUCAGGAGGCGGUAAGGCCUGAAAC